AUGCAUAUUUCAAGAGUUAAAACCAUAGAAUUUGCAAAUUGAAUGCAAUUUUUUUGUGUUAUUGAUUACCUUUUGGUUUUCAUAUAUAUUUUGGCAGGCAUAUAUGAACUGCUUGUGUUGGGAGUGCUACCUUUUAUAGGAUACUUCGCGCAGAAAAAGCUAUCCUUGAUUUUACUAAUUAUAUAUAUGAUUAGUCUUGCAUUACAAGCAGUUGUGAGAAUUAUUAUUAUUGUUAUUGCAAAUAAUAUUGCUUUUACAGUUCUAACAGUUAUUAUAAUUCUAGUCACUAUUUUUUAUCUGAUAUUUCUCUAUAAAUUUUUCAAGCUGCUCUCAGGUUUAAGCUCAUGGGAGAAAACUGAGAUUUUGGAAAAGAGGAGGACUAGAAUGACAUGGUGCUAA